AUGCCACCUCGCAAGCGUCCCGCAGAGGUAAUCGACCUCUCUAGCGACAACGAGCCAUCGCAAGCGUCCUCAUCGCAGGCCUACCCGUCCCAACGUCACCUUCUUCCAGCAUCAUCGUCGUCGUCACAAAGCUAUGCGAAUGCCUCCUCGCCACCUCACCAACGCGCGCCAAAGCAGGCACGCACAGCUGCAUACAGCCAGCGCAAUACAUCCGGCUCCUCGCAAAACGACGCCAUCUACAUUGACGAGGAAGAGGAAGACGCGUCGCAGGAUGCGCCGGGUGCGACACAGGGGUACAAUGAGCGCGAGUACAGCUAUGCGUUGUAUGGUGCUAUGCAUGGCAAGAUUGUCGGGGUUAGAUAUUAUAACGGGUACGCGACCGUGGGGGAGAUGGUAGUCUGUAGGAGAGAGCCGACCAAUCCUUAUGACCGAAACGCGAUUCGAGUGCUCAACGUUCAGGGCGAGCAAAUCGGACAUCUGCCCAGGACCUUGGCGGCCAGUUUGGCAAAGUAUAUGGACAAUCGCAGUCUUCUUGUCGAAUCGACGAUUAUCGGACCAAAGGGUGCUUUCGAGUGUCCCAUUGAGCUCAAACUUUACGGGACAAUUGAGCCAGUUGAACGAAAUAAUCUCCUGGCUCAGAUGCAAGCAGAUAGACUUCCAGUAGGACAGGCCGCUGAAGCCAAGCGCAGGGAAGCCGCAGCCGAUAAGGAGAGACUGAGGCUUGCUAAACAGGCUGCAAGGCAGGCGCAAAAGAAAAAGGCCGUUGUUGUUGAUGUCGGGGCGGGACAAAACUCCCAAGAUGGGAUGUCCGAGUUCCUAGCGGGUUCGUCGCAAGGCUUCGGUCCUGGGCCUAGUCUUGAAGACAUCAUUGGAAGUAGCGAGCGCUUCAACCCGAGGAAUGUCGAGCAGAUGGUUGAAGAAUUUGGAGUCAAGGAGAAGGACCUGGCGGCAAUGCCCAAAGCCACUCAGCCAGCGGCGCUUCAGACCGAACUACAUUCAUUUCAACUGCAAGGCCUGCAGUGGAUGCUAGAUAAGGAGAGCCCCCAACUGCCAGCACAAGGCACGAAAGACGUGGUCCAGCUCUGGAGGCGUCAUUCAAAGAUGCCAAAUGCCUUUACAAAUCUUGCCACAAAGUUUUCUGUCACCAAUCCAGCGCUUGCUUCGGGUGGAAUACUCGCGGACGAUAUGGGCUUAGGCAAAACCAUCCAGACUAUUGCGUUGAUCAUGGCCGACAGAGCUCUCGGCCGGAGAGCUGGUGAUGCUUGCGGUGCUACGCUAAUCCUUGCGCCUGUGUCGGUUAUGUCAAAUUGGAGCACACAAAUGAAGAAGCACAUCAAAGAAGAGCAUGCACUCCGCGUCAUGUUCUGGCACGGGACGCGAAAGGAGACCAUUACACCCAAACAGAUCGAAAACUAUGAUGUAGUCAUCAGCACGUACGAGUCUGUUUCUUCCGACUGGUUCUCCCAGAAGUCCACAGUUCUCCCACGGAAGUCGGGUCCCUACUCCGUUAAAUGGCGGCGUGUAAUAUUGGAUGAAGGCCACAACGUGAGGAAUCCGAAGGCUAAGAAAACUAUCGCUAUCACGAACCUCAUGGCACAGUCCCGCUGGACUUUAACCGGUACACCGAUCAUUAACAACCUCAAAGAUCUCUACAGUCAAGUCCGCUUCCUGCGCCUUUCUGGUGGUAUUGACUCUUUCGAGAUAUUUCAUGGUGCCAUUAUGCGCCCCGUUCUCCAGGGCGAUGUACAGGGUAACAGAGUGCUGCAGAUGCUCAUGUCUAGUAUUUGUUUACGUAGGAAGAAAGAGAUGGGCUUUAUUGACCUACGGCUUCCUGAGCUCAGUGAGUAUGUGCAUAAGAUCAAGCUGCAUGCGCAUGAGCAGGAGAAGUACGAUGCGCUGGAGGCUCAGGCCAAGGGCACGCUGGAUAUCUAUAAAAGCAACAUUGGGGGACAGAACGCCAUGGAUACAUAUCGACAUCUCCUGGAGGUUUUGCUGAGAAUGAGACAGCUUUGCAACCAUUGGCAACUCGUAGGAGAAGAGCGACUUGACUCUAUCAUGAAGCAGCUCGAAGCAGAAGGAGUGGUCGACCUCACCGAAGAGAACAGGAGCGCUCUCCAGAAGAUGCUGCAGCUGUCCAUUGAGUCACAGGAAGACUGCCCGAUCUGUCUGGAUACCCUCAAGGAACCCGUCAUCACCAAGUGUGCACACAUAUUCUGCACCACCUGUCUCGAGCGCGUAAUUGACACGCAACACAAGUGCCCAAUGUGCCGCGCUGAACUCGAAUCUUUCAACACCACUACCGUCAAGCCCGCAAAGGAGGCCUCUGCUCAAGUGCCCCUUACACAAGAACAAAUUGCUGACAAAACAUCCAUCGAGAGGAACACAUCUACUAAAGUCGAAGCCCUCCUACAUAUUCUGAACGCAUCCAGCCAUGACCCGACUAACAAAACCAUCAUCUUCAGCCAGUGGACCUCCUUCCUGGAUAUCCUUCAGCCACACCUUACAUUUCAUGGAAUCAAGUACACACGCAUCGACGGGUCCAUGAGCGCAACACAGCGCGACACAGCCCUAGAAGCCCUCGAAUCUGACCCCUCAACCACCGUCAUGCUCGCCUCCCUUUCCGUCUGCAGCGUCGGCCUCAACCUCGUGGCCGCCAAUCAAGUCAUCAUGGCAGACAGUUGGUGGGCUCCUGCCAUCGAAGACCAAGCUGUUGAUCGCGUGCAUCGCUUGGGCCAGAAGCGCGAGACGAAGGUGUUCAGACUCGUGGUCGAGGGCAGUGUCGAGGAGCGUGUACUGGGGAUCCAGGAGGAGAAGAGGAGGUUGAUGGGGUUGGCGUUUGCGGAGAAGGAUGGUGGGAAGAAGAGGAAGAGGGGUGCUGGGGCGGGGUUGGGCGAUUUGAUGAGGUUGCUCGGGCAGGGUCAGAGUCAGGGGCAGACACAGGGACAACAAGGAUAA